AUGAUGUCGCGUCAACAGCUGCCUCAUAUUGGUUCAUCUAGAAGGAAAACAACAGGUUAUCUGCUUCUUAUUAAUUUAAUUCUCCUGUUAUGCUGCAGGACCAGGCUAUGCUUGAUAUUGCUUGGGUUUAUGCUGAUGGCUUUAUCAGCAUUUUUUGUUUGAAUGCAAACAGUUUCUCUACAACUACUUGCAUGUAUGCAAAAUGGAAAAAAUAAAGGGACUCAAUAUGUAGCCAAGAUCAAAUGCAUGUUAACGUGAGGGUUUAAAGCUAGGACACUAAAAUCUACCUACCACCUGAAUUUCUUUUUUCCUCCUUCUUUCAUAUUACAGCCAAGCCCCCUCUUCCUUCCCCAGCUCUUCGACGUCCCCAUCAGGCAAACAGCCGGAAGCGCAGCCAGCCGCAGAUGUCUUUGUCUUCCUCUCACCCCAAUACUGGCCCUACUUCCGUUCCCCUCUCAGACACCACCAUGACACCAUGGGGUGGUCUGGCUCUGUCAGAAUCCUCCUUAACAUUAAUCCCCCCACCUCCUCGGCCAAUUCCACCUCCACCCCCACCUGCUCCUCAGCCCACACCUUCCACCCCAUAUCAAGGCAGAGAGAGUGAAGACGAUUCAAGCUCCAGUUUUAAAUCAGAGGUUCCCUCUUCACCUGCUGUCAUCCCCAAGGAUCAUCCAGGUAUGACUGGAAUAACCACAUAAAUGUGGUCCAUGCAACCAAAUCCAAAUAAAUAAUCCUCAAUCAUGUUCAUCCCUCUCUGUCUCUUUAGAUGGAGAGGGUAGGGGGCUCAGGUCGAGGCGGAGGGUGUUGCCUCAGAGACCACAGAGAGUGCCUCGUCCUCCUCGUCUCCCACCACUGCGUCCCAUCACCAAUCUCAGCUUCUCUCGGAGCUUCACCUUCUCUUUCUUUGAACUUCCACUGCAUCAGUCACCUCGCCAUCGUGCUGAACGCAUCAGAAACCUCAUGCUGCUUUUGAGACAGAUACACUUAUGA